AUGAGCGAAGCCGGCAAUGCCUAUAGCGGCGGCAUUAAGGACGGCUUAUUUCAUGGCAAAGGCACUCUGACCUACGCAGGGAACGAGCGCUACGAGGGUGAGUGGGUCUAUGGCAAGAGAGAAGGCCAUGGCAGGUUUACUUACGCGGACGGUGCCAUCUUUGAGGGUCAAUGGGCCGAGGACAGGAUACACGGCCAGGGCGUGGCUGUCUUCGCAUCGGGAAAUCGGUAUGAGGGUACAUGGGAGAAUGGCCGCAUACACGGACACGGAACCUUGACCUAUUCCAAUAAAGACCAAUACGACGGCGAUUGGCAUGAUGGCAAAAUGCAUGGGCGAGGCACCUACCGCUAUGCAGAAGGUGAUGUGUAUCAGGGUGAGUGGCGGGAUGAUAAACGACACGGGAAGGGGGUAGUCACUUACGUCAGUGCACGAGGUAGCGUCGUUGAGAAGUUUGAGGGUGACUGGGUCAAUGGGAAGAUGCAUGGUCACGGCAAGUACCAGUAUGCUGAUGGUGGAGUGUACGAGGGUGACUGGCAUGACGGCAAAAUGCAUGGUAAGGGCAUCUAUGUCUUCCCGAACGGGAACACGUACGAUGGUGAGUGGGUGAAUGACAUGAAGGAAGGCUAUGGUACGUUGACUUACCAAAACGGGGAGAAGUAUGAUGGCCUUUGGAAAGCUGACAAGGUGCAUGGCAAGGGCACCCUUGUCUACACUUACGGAGACAAGUUUGUUGGUGACUGGGUUGAUGCCAAGAAAGAAGGUGAGGGUGAACUCAUCUACUCUAAUGGCGAUCGGUUCAAAGGUCAAUGGGUUGAUGACAGAGCCUCCGGAUACGGAGUUUUCGUCUAUUCCAAUGGCAAUCGCUACGAUGGCCAGUGGCUAGAUGACAAGCGUCACGGCAGGGGCGUCUUCGCGUGCGCUGAGGAUGGAUCAGUCUACGAUGGAGAGUUUGCAUUUGGAAGGAAAGAAGGCCGGGGUGUGCUCAAACUGCAGAGUGGGCACGUUCUAAGCGGUGUCUGGAAGCAAGGCGAGCUCGCCCAGGUGGUGGAGUUCGUCUUUUCGGCGGACUCGCCCUGGAAGAAUCCAGAUUUGUGA